GGCCCGUGGCCAGUGCGGGGCGUGUGGAGUUUGGGCCGCGUUCGCCGCUCGGCCGCAGUUCGGGUGCCGCCGCCACCCUCGUCCAGGUUCCUAAGAAGACCCGGCCCCGUCCGGCCGGAGUGAGAGCGAGGCCCUGGAGCAGCCACCGUCCCCACCACCGCCGACACUGGCGACGGCGGCGCAGACAUCGCCGAGGAUGGGGAAAAUGAGUGUCCCCAACCGUCGCCUAGCCAGCGUCCGCGGUGUGCCCGUGUCAUCGCCUCCCGGGCGCCGCGCCCGCCUGUCGUCUCCCGGGACCAGCCAGCAGCCCCCUGAGGCCCGGGAGGAGAUGCGGCGCCGCGUCAAGAACCUCAUCGAGGGGAGCCGAGUGAUGAUCUUCAGCAAGACCUACUGCCCGCACAGCUCCCGGGUGAAAGAACUCUUUUCUUCUCUGGGAGUCGACUGUAACAUCUUGGAACUUGAUCAAGUUGAUGAUGGGAUCCGUGUUCAAGAAAUGCUGACAGAAAUCACUAAUCAGAAGACCGUGCCCAACAUUUUUGUGAAUAGAGUGCACGUGGGAGGAUGUGACAGGACUUUCCAGGCACAUCACAGCGGGCUGUUACAGAAGCUCCUACAGGAAGGCUCAGCAAAUGAUUAUGAUCUCAUUGUCAUUGGUGGUGGUUCUGGUGGCCUCUCGUGUGCAAAGGAAGCAGCCAUUUUGGGAAAGAAAGUCAUGGUCCUGGACUUUGUGGUCCCUUCCCCUCAGGGCACAUCCUGGGGCCUUGGUGGCACUUGUGUGAAUGUUGGCUGUAUUCCUAAGAAACUGAUGCACCAGGCUGCCCUUCUAGGACAGGCCUUGCGGGACUCAAGGAAAUUUGGCUGGGAGUAUAACCAACAGGUGAAGCACAACUGGAGCACCCUGACAGAGGCCAUUCAGAACCACAUCGGCUCUCUCAACUGGAGCUACAGGUUGUCGCUGAGGGAAAAGGGAGUGACCUAUGUCAAUGCCUACGGGGAAUUUGUGGACCAUCAUAAAAUCAAGGCAACCAAUAAAAAAGGACAGGAAAGUUAUUUUUCUGCUUCAAAGUUUGUCAUAGCAACGGGUGAAAGGCCACGGUACUUGGGCAUCCAAGGCGAUAAAGAAUACUGCGUUACGAGUGACGACCUGUUCUCUCUGCCUUACUGCCCCGGCAAGACCUUAGUGGUGGGUGCCUCUUACGUCGCCCUGGAGUGCGCAGGCUUUCUUGCGGGCUUUGGCUUAGAAGUGACAGUUAUGGUGCGUUCAAUCCUUCUUCGCGGCUUUGAUCAAGAGAUGGCAGAGAAAGUGGGUUCCUACAUGGAGAGACAUGGCGUUAAGUUCUUGAGGAAAUUCGUCCCCGUGAAGAUUCAGCAGCUGGAGAGAGGCUCACCUGGAAAGCUGAAAGUAUGGGCCAAAUCCACUGAAGGACCGGAAACCAUCGAGGAGGUGUACAACACAGUCCUGCUAGCCAUUGGCCGUGACUCCUGUACAAGGAAAUUAGGCUUGGAGAAGAUUGGUGUCAAAAUCAAUGAGAAGAAUGGCAAGAUCCCAGUGAAUGAUAUGGAACAGACCAACGUGCCCCACGUCUAUGCCAUCGGCGACGUUUUGGAGGGCAGACCAGAGCUGACUCCUGUAGCCAUCCAGGCAGGCAAGCUGCUAGCUCGCAGGCUCUUUGGGGCCUCGUCAGAAAAAUGUGAUUAUAUGAGCGUUCCAACUGCCGUGUUCACACCUCUGGAAUAUGGCUGCUGUGGACUGUCAGAAGAAAAAGCUAUUGAAGUGUAUAAAAAAGAGAAUCUAGAAGUGUACCACACUCUAUUCUGGCCUCUCGAAUGGACAAUAGCCGGCAGAGACAAUAACACUUGUUAUGCGAAGAUAAUCUGCAACAAAUUUGACAGUGAUCGAGUGAUAGGAUUUCAUAUUCUUGGACCAAACGCCGGUGAGAUUACCCAAGGAUUCGCAGCCGCCAUGAAGUGUGGGCUCACCAAACAGCUGCUGGAUGACACCAUCGGAAUCCACCCCACAUGUGGGGAGGUCUUCACAACUCUGGAAAUCACAAAGUCAUCAGGACUGGACAUCACCCAGAAGGGCUGCUGAGGGUAGCCCUGCUGCUGCCGAGUUCUCCUUGUCUGUUGUCAUUCCUUUCAAUGACAAUAAUGCUCUGUGCCCAGGACACCCACUCUGUUGCUGGGGGACCAGUACAGGGCUCUGGAGGGCACAGAGAUGAGAAGGCGGACAGGGGGACAGGUCAGCAGCAGGGGACUGCGGUUGUCUCGGCUGACGUAAGUGGCAGUUAGGCUGCGUCCUUGACGCCCUGGCUUGGAACCCUCUGGUGAGGUGAGCCGGGGCCGACCCUCUUGUGUCAGACUCGACCUUGCCACCAGCACACCGUGAGUGGCACAGUAACCUAAGCUAACUUUUCCACACUUGGUACUGUUUUUAUUCCUGCUUUGUUACUUCUAUGAAGAAAUUUUUUUUCAAUUGUGAAACUGGCUGGGAAAGGCCGUUUUCCUGGGUGUGGGCCUGGGUUGCACCUGCGCGCCUGCGUGGGUGACAUCUGGGAGAUGCAUUGGAGUAGCUGGCUGCAGAGGACUGGGGACAUUAGCAGAAAGCUCUGCGCCAGGUCUAAGUGUCAGUCAACUGUCCUUUAAGCGACAUUUUAACCUGCUGUCAAAAUCCUGAAUUGGGCUUCACCUUCCUGGACAUUUCCUGGUGUCUGUCACCUGGAAGUGACUCUCCUCUUAUUAGUAGGUAUCUCUAGACUGGUGAGACAGCUCGUGUCAGAGACAAGUACUUGAAUUUCUUCUUGUUGUUGAUUUUUAAGAGUGAUAUUAAAAGACGUUUUCAGUACUGUAAGAUGGGAAAUCUGUUUUCAGGCUGGUGAAAAUGUUUCAGUCAUGAUCUGUUUAAUGUAGACAAGUUCAGAAAAGAAACAGGUGAUAGUUAGCGGUUUAAUUUGAACUUACAUCUGCGACGGAAAGGUCCAUGGGGACAGAGGCCCUUAGACAGCCUCUUACACUGCUGCCUAGUUCACCCUCCUGCGGGCCUCUUGCUCCCUGGAGAGGUAGCCCGGGGCUACAUCAUGACAGAGUUGUGUGGCCACAGUUUCUAGGCAUAAGUUUUAAAAGUGAAUUGUAAAACCAGCAAGCAAGUCCGGAACGCCACUUGGAGAGGGACAUUUUGCGGCCUAUGGUAGGCCACAGAGCCUAGGCUUACCAGAAGUCAAAGGUCUGGGGUCAUAUAGGGAUGGGCCAGAGGGUCCCUGCUGUAGAGCUACACUGGGAACCCAGACCUUAAAGUUCAUGUCACAUGGGGGGAGUGGAGUGUGGGGUGGCCCGAGCUGAAUGAAUGGGAGAUCGAGAUGGAAAUGCACCUUAAGACCAGGAGUCAGUUCACAGGAAGGAGGGGACUAUGGAAAGAUCUCGGCUUUGGAGAGUGACCCACGUGGGCAUGCCUGCUCCGUGGCUUACGAGAUGUGACAGAAUGUGCUGGUUGGCUUUUCCUCCUCUUCCUUUGUUGAGUGCAGACAGUGCUGCCCACCUCACAGAGCUACCUGGAUGAGGUCCACACUCUGGAGCGCAUUGGCGUAGAGUGGCUUGGCUUUAGCGCUGAGGAAUAAGGUCCCUGAUAAGGAGAGCUACUGUAGACACGCAGCAGUACAGCCAGCAGGUAGGCAGAGAAGGGACUGGUCUCUUGCAUACUUUCACAGGCAACCUCCAAGUGGGAUCCCCAAGUCCUGGUAAUCACAUCCCUGUGUGGUCCCCUCCCCCACUUUACCAAGGUAGGUCUGGGUGACCAUGAGCCUAUGUCACUUCUAAAAUUCGAUCAUAAAAGGACUGCAGAUCAACUUUUGGUCCUGCAUGGGCGCUUGCUCUCACUUGCUGUGGGAGAAGAGAGCUUUGUGUCAUGAAGGCACUCAGGAAGUUCCUGGAGAGGCCCUAGUGGUGAAGAACUGAAGUCCCCAGCCACCACCAAGAUUCUGAAGUCUGACAUGUCCCUGUGAAGGAGCUCAAGAAGGGACACUGCUGCAGCCAAGAUUCCCUGGGCCAGAAGCUUAACGGCAUCUCUGUGAGGCACUUGGGGCCAAAUCCAUCCAGUUUGGGCACUCCCAGUCUCCUGACCCUCAGGAACUGUGAAAUAAUAAGUGCUCAUGAUUUAAGCUGCUAA